UAAAACGUCGUAACCAGCGCACACAGCGGUCUCAGAGCCGGCCGGCCGCCGCUGACCACCGGCCGUCUCGCCACCGCGCCGCCGCGAUGGCCUGACCCGAGUCACCCGCGACACAAUGCCCCCGGUGAACAUUAAGGACAAUGAGCCGAACGCGUUUACCGUUAUCAACCACGACGUUCCGAAGGCAUCGCUGGCGCGCAAUGUGAACAUCGUCAGACCGCUGGAGCGCGAUGAGCCGCGCGGGCCGCUGCCGAGCGCACCGCGCCCCCGCCCCGCGCCCAACACCCUGCUCGACCCCAAGUUCUCCCGGGCCCUCGACUUCAAACUCCGCCGGCUCAAGGAGAAGGAAAUAUUAGAAGCGAACCUUCGCCGCCCGACGCGCUUCCGGCCUCGCAACGGGCCCCUCGCCGCCUCCAAUCCGAACAUCUACAAGGAUUCUCCUAAAAUGCACAUUAAAGCGAUGAGCCAGUCGCACCCUCGCAUCAAUCACGUGGCCGGGAAAGAUGAGCUCCCUAAAUUAACAACAAAAUCGGACAAAUCACCGGCUCCCUCAAAAAGCAAAGGUCGAAUAUCAGUAUCCAACGACGGUGACAAGCCACGCUUUGUGACCACUGUAAAAACCGGACAGUUCUUGUUGCCUCCCCCGGAGGUCGCGUGUCUGUUGGGACUGGAGACUCUGUACCCACCCAAAGAACGUGAGAAAAUCGUGUACUCGUAUGCAAGCAAACCAAAAGCUGUAGCAAAUCGCACAAAACGCUCUCUGUCCGACAAGAAAGUAGAAACAUCAUAUAUAUGCCCUAAUAUCGAUGGGAGGAAACGCAUCAAGGCUGGAGAUGCUUUUAAAGGAGUUCGAGCCCUCGUGGCGGGAGUGGUCGGAGUGCAACACUUGCUCGACGAACGAGAUCAGCUUGGAAGCAUGGCGACGGGCGUCACGGGCGCUACGGGAGCUACAGGCGCUACGGGUGCUACGGGCGCUACGCAGUACUCCAACGUGAUGCACGACAAGCGCGUGGUGCGCGGCAGCACGUUCGCGACGCACCCGCACGCUGCAGGUGACGGCGUGGAGAGCGCGGCGGCGCGCGCGGCGCGCACGCGACGGCGCGCGCUCGCCCGCCGCGCGGCGCUCGCGCGACUGCGGCCCGGCACGCCGCCGCCCGCGCCCGGCCGCCGCCACCAUCCCAUACAGACGGAGUACUAUCUAGAAGAGCUAUUCGACAAAGGCGUGGAGAUGGAGGUUGGUGUCCAAACAGACCUGUUCGUUGACCGGCCAGCCACGCCCAUGUACGUGCCCGCCAAAACUGGCGCAGACGCAGCCACACAGAUCUACCCUGGUGAUCUGUUCGAUUUCGAUAUAGAAGUGCAGCCGAUCCUGGAGGUGCUGAUUGGUAAGACGGUGGAGCAGGCGCUGGCGGAGGUAGCGCAGGAGGAGGAGCUGGCGACGCUCCGCGAGCAGCAGCGCCGCUACCGUGAGCUACGCGACGCCGAGCUGGCCGAGCGGCAGCGCCUCGCCGCGCAGGACUUGCGCCUCGAGCACGAGAAGGAGCGGCGCGUGGCAGAGGGUCGCGCGGCGCGCGCGGCGGCGCUGGAGGCACGGCAGCGCGUGGCGGCAGCGGCGCUGGUGCAGGGCUACGUGGCCGAGCUGCUGCCUUCCGUGCUGGCCGGCCUGCGCGACGCUGGCUACCUCGUGCGCCGCCUGCACAGAGGUGUUGAAGAAGAGUUCAUGCCGUGGUUGGUAGAGGAAGUGUCCAAAGAAAUUGAAUCGAUCAUCACGAGUCGAGACGUUAUUAGUGAGAUAGUGCGCGAAGUGGUGGAGGCGCGCGCGGAGCUGUACCGCGCGGCCGGCGAGCGCACCGCGCAGCGCCGCUCGCCGCCGGACUCCCUCACGCCGCCCUCCGAGCCGCAGGAGGAGGAAGACGGUAAUGAAGACCAACCACAAUAAUGCUACAAGUCUUGCUGUGGCGACGUCUGCAUCUGGAGAUGAAGUCUUGUUGUAUUGAUAAUUUCAUUUGUGUUUUUUAAUGUUUAGAUUUAUUAGGCUACAAGAUAAAUAUUUUAGUUAUUUUCUUCGUUCCGUCUGCAAAUUUUGAAAAAGGAUUCGAUUUUCUUAGGAAAAUAUAAAUGAAAUAGGUACAUACAAAAAACCUAAUAUUUACAACAAUUAUGCAACACAUUGAUGUACCGAUUGGACCUAAAAUUGACUAAAUUAAGUAAACGAAAUGCCGCAAGCAUUUUCGAUGAUUAUGUUUUACAGUUUUCUUAAUUUAAGCGUUAAACAAAAGUUAUUUCAGUGUAUCUGUAAUUACGACGACGAUGUGGUGAUUGUUUGAUAUGUAACUAGGUCCUAAUACUUACUGCUCAGGUUAGUGUCAAAAGCAUCACUAUUACUAUAACGUGUUAAAAUUAAUAAUAUUCCUGUCUACAGCUGUUUACACAACAUUGUAACAUUUUAUUUUGAUUCCUUAAAUCAUAUUAGUGGAUAAGUUUUUACUAAUAAUUCAGCCGUGUCUGAUUUAUUCCAAUGUUUGAAUCGGUUCUUAGUGAAUGAAUGAAUUAAUGUUACCUUAAAAUUAAAUGUCAGAUGGCGGCACUACGUUCGGUAGUUGAUUAAUUAGACAAAAUGCCCUAAAUGACGACCUUGGAAUAUAUCGUGCACUGAGUGUAGAUUUGUAGAAUAUUUAGAUUUUUAUGUUGUUUUUCUACAAAUACAUUAAAAGAU